GUCAAAUGACAGGUAAUAAAAAUAUUUGUUCACUUGUCCAGUGAAUUUUUAUGGUUACCAAAAAAUCCUUUAAAAAUACGCACGGCCUGUCAACUAAAUCAUUCAAAACACAUUACAAAAAAGAAAAACAAAAAAGUCAAAAGUAUCAUCGAGUCUAAAAAAAUUAUUGCUAAGUACCACGUGAAACGUGAAGUGUUGCAUGAAUUCUGUGGUAAAUAAUAUUAUCUGGUCUUAGGCUAACAUUUGAAUUCUGAAUUCUGAUCUUAGUGAUGAUGAUGAGAUAAGAAGUGAAGCAGAGCAGACGACACUCUACGGUGAGCACAAAAGCAGUACAUCAGUUGAUCACAAUCACAACAGAUCACGCUUUGGCACUUUAGCUAUCUAAUUACUUCCUCAAUCUGUGAGCACAAUUGUAUUCGUGGCGAAGAAGCAAUAAUGCGGUGCUGCGUGCCUUUAUGUGGAAAUACAUCAAACAAUGUGUCAACAUCUGAGAAAACGGAAAUUACCUUUCAUGCAUUACCCAGUGAAGGAAAUCUCCGCACUGCUUGGCUCAGAACCUUCGGCGUACAAGACCCUCACCUGCCCAACACUGCUGUGGUCUGCUCCCAGCACUUGGUAGAUGACAACUUUCUCAAUACAAACAGUAGUGUGAGGGAGAUUCACUCUAAUGCUGUUCCCUCAACAGUGCAGAUGUGCAUGAUAUGCCUGGACACUGACAGCAAGCUGUCUCUAAUGAGCAAACACAAGUUGGAGGAGGCAUAUGAACAGCUAACUGGACUGUCUUUGUUUCAGUUGUGUCGUCGAGCAAACCUGAAGCAAACACUCUGUGUGCUGUGUGCUCAGAGAUUGAUGAACUUCAGUAAAUUUAGAGACUUGAGCUUGAGAGCCCAUUCACUGAUGACAGACUUAGUUGAACAAUAUGAAUUAAAUACUAUACAACACAAAGAAUUGCUGAACUGCACAAGUGCACAUCUGAAGUGUAAUUUGACACAAACAACAUUAGGAGCUAACCAUUGUGACUUGUACAUAGAUCACACUGAUGAAGAGGAACAGACAGCAGCAGAGGAAUCUGUAGUGGGAGGUGUUGCAACAGUUGUGGUGAAGAAUGAAGGCAGUUCUGACUCCAUGUUGAGUGCUGAUAACUUGGAAUUGGCACAACACAAUUGUGCCUCUGAUGAUGAAUACUCUGACCGGAGCAUAAAGUUAGAGUCCAGGCUACUGGAUGAAGCUAUAAGUAAAGCUCUUGGUAGGAAAGCAUUUUGUUUUGAGGACUUUGUGCAAGAGCCUGCACACAAGGAACACAUGAGCAAGCAUCUCCAGAACGCUGCAUGUGCAUCACAAGUGUUCGAGCCUCGUGCAGCUGUGAACCGCAGCUGUGACUCACUUGUGCUGCAGAACAAAACAGGAAGUCAGAGGCUGAAUGAUGUCCCUCCCCCGGCUGCAAACUCACAUUCUGCUGCUAUGUUCCACGCAACAGGCAGUCGGAAGCUCAAUGAUGUCCCUCUCCUGGCAGCUGCAGACUGUGCUCAACCUUUAGUAACUCCACUGUUCGCGAGACUUGCUGCAAGUAACGAGAACAAAGUGCAGGCAACUGAAGAAGCAGGUGCUAUUCAGAAAAGUGAACAGAUCCUUGAAACUAACAUUGGCGAACUGGACGACCGAUCAUCUGAGAGCGGCACCAAACCCUACACAGAUACAAAUAGAUUCACAGAUUGUGUAGUCCAGUUAUAUGAUAUAUUCAAGAUACCCAACAAAGUUGUACUUGGUGAGAAUCAACGCAUGAGUCUCCACACUGCUGCCAAGCCUUACUCUUGCACUAUAAGCAACUACAAAUGUUCACAAAAAAUUGAUUUAUUUAAGCAAAAGAUAACUCAUACUGGUGAAAAGCCAUUUUCCUGUGAGAUAUGCAAUUUUAAAUCUGCACAAAAAAAUAAAUUAUUACGGCAUAUUAGAACACACACUGGUGAGAAGCCAUUUUCCUGUGAUAUGUGCAAUCAUAAAUGUGCACGAAAAGAUAAAUUAUUACAGCAUAUUAAAACUCACACUGGUGAGAAGCCAUUUUCCUGUGAGAUAUGCAAUUACAAAUGUGCACGAAAAAAUCAUUUAUUACAGCAUAUUAAAACUCACACUGGUGAAAAGCCAUUUUCCUGUGAGAUAUGCAAUUACAAGUUUGCUGUAAAAAGUAAUUUAUUACGGCAUAUUAAAACCCACACUGGUGAGAAGCCAUUUUACUGUGAGAUAUGCAAUAACAAAUUUGCACGAAAAAAUAAUUUAUUACAGCAUAUUAAAACCCACACUGGUGAAAAGCCAUUUUUCUGUGAUAUGUGCGAUUACAAAUGUGCACAAAAAUGUCAAUUAUUACAGCAUAUUAAUACCCACACUGGUAAAAAUCUAUUUUCCUGUGAGAUAUGCAAUUAUAAAUGUUCUCUAAAAGGUAAUUUAUUACGGCAUAUUAAAACCCACAUUGGUGAGAAGCCAUUUUCCUGUGAUAUGUGCAAUCAUAAAAGUGCACAAAAAGAUAAUUUAUUACGGCAUAUUAGAACCCACACUGGUGAGAAGCCAUUUUCCUGUGAGAUAUGCAAUUACAAAUGUGCACAAAUAGGUGAUUUAUCACGGCAUAUUAGAACUCACACUGGUGAGAAGCCAUUUUCCUGUGAGGUAUGCAAUUACAAAUGUGCACGGAAAGAUAAAUUAUUACAGCAUAUUAAAAUCCACACUGGUGAAAAGCCAUUUUCCUGUGAGGUAUGCAAUUAUAAAUGUACCCAAAAAAGCAAGUUAUUAAUGCAUAUGAGAACCCACACUUCACAAGAGCAGUUGUGAAACAUAAUUCAUGCCUGUGUGCGUGACAUGUGCAUGUAGGCGUACUCGGCAAAGGACAAUGCUCAGCGCCCAAACACCUGCAGUGUACGUGCUCAUGUGUUCCUGAGCCUAAGGCUGCCUCUAGAGAUCGCUACUAUCGAACAGUAAAAGUACUUGUAAUAAAAUUGAAGAUAUUUUAAAAAA